AUGUCAGGGACAGCAAAUGCUAUUGACAGCAUGUCAGGGGUGGCAAAUGCUAUUGACAGCAUGUCAGAGGCAGCAAGUGCUAUUGACAGCAUGUCAGAGGCGGCAAGUGCUAUUGACAGCAUGUCAGGGACAGCAAAUGCUAUUGACAGCAUGUCGGGGACAGCAACUGCUAUUAACAGCAUGUCAGGGGCGACAAAUGCUAUUGACAGCAUGUCGGGGACAGCAACUGCUAUUGACAGCAUGUCAAUGACGGCUAAUGCUAUUGACAGCAUGUCGGGGACAGCAAAUACUAUUGACAGCAUGUCAGGGACGGCAAAUGCUACUGACAGCAUGUCAGAGGCAGCAAGUGCUAUUAACAGCAUGUCAGGGGCGGCAAAUGCUAUUGACAGCAUGUCAGGGACAGCAACUGCUAUUGACAGCAUGUCAGGGACAGCAAGUGCUACUGACAGCAUGUCAGGGACAGCAAGUGCUACUGACAGCAUGUCAGGGGCGGCAAGUGCUAUUGACAGCAUGUCAGGGGCGAUAAAUGCUUUUGACAGCAUGUCAGGGGCAGCAAGUGCUAUUGACAGCAUGUCAGGGGCGACAAAUGCUACUGACAGCAUACGCAUGUCAGGGGCGGCAAGUGUUAUUAACAGCAUGUCAGGGACAGCAAAUGCUAUUGACAGCAUGUCAGGGGCGGUUAAUGCUACUGACAGCAUGUCAGGGACGGCUAAUGCUAUUGACAGCAUGUCAGGGGCGACAAAUGCUAUUGACAGCAUGUCAGGGACGGCAAGUGCUAUUGACAGCAUGUCAGGGGCAGCAAGUGUUAUUGACAGCAUGUCAGGGACAGCAAAUGCUAUUGACAACAUGUCAGGGGCGGCAAGUGCUAUUGACAGCAUGUCAGGGGCGGCAAAUACUAUUGACAGCAUUUCAGGGACAGCAAAUGCUAUUGACAACAUGUCAGGGGCGGCAAGUGCUAUUGACAGCAUGUCAGGGAAAGCAAAUGCUAUUGACAGCAUGUCAGGGACGGCUAAUGCUAUUGACAGCAUGUCAGGGACAGCAAGGGCUAUUGACAGCAUGUCAGGGGCGGCAAAUGCUAUUGACAGCAUGUCAGGGGCGGCAAGUGCUAUUGACAGCAUGUCGGGGACGGCUAAUGCUAUGUUAAUCUAG